AUGAACAACGGCGGCGAGUUGCGGAAAGCUGGAAAAAGGCGUCAUGACAAAGAAGACACUACUACUACUAUUACUACCGACAGGUUAACCCAUCUUCCAGAACCCAUUCUUUAUCACAUCCUUUUGCUCCUCAGCACAAAAUUGGCCGUCCAGACCUCGGUGUUGUCGCGGGAUUGGAACCGCGCUUGGAAACACGUCCCUGUCCUCAACUUACACAAGGGUUCUUUCUACCUAGCCCACAAGUUCGACAGUUUUGUGUCCAAGGUUUUGUCCCUCCGCUAUGACCUUAAGCUCCACAAGGUUUUCUACUACGGUGUCGAUAGAAGUACCCCAAAAGGGAAAGGCAGUAGGUCCUUGCAAGUCGUCGACUAUGCGUUGUCCCAUGACGUUGAAGAGUUAGUCGUGCACUGGAGUGCCAGGAACGAAUCCUUCUCUACUCCUGCUUGCUCUUGGCCUUGGCUGUACCGCAAUUUCAGCGCGAUAUUCUCCGAUUAUUGCAACACUAAUAUUCAUAACAACGAGAAGAGGAAGAAGAAGACAAGUAAUCAUCUGAGAACUCUAGACCUCCACUGGAUCAACAUCGAUCAUGGGUUUGCAACCUGCUCUGGUUUCCCAAUGCUGACCACGUUGAGCCUGCGACGUUGCCCUUUCAAUAGCCGGGUUGGCAAAGGGUUCUUCAAUUCAACCCUUCCUGCUCUAGAUCGUGCAGAUUUCGAGUUGAGGACAUCGGACGUGAACCAUUUAGACAAGACGGUCGUAGCUUUCUAUUUGAGAUCCUUGUUCUAA